AUGGCCAACUUCCUCGCCUCAAUCUUCGGCACCGAGCAAGACAAGGUCAACUGCUCCUUCUACUACAAAAUCGGCGCCUGCCGCCACGGCGACCGCUGCAGCCGCAAGCACGUCAAGCCGUCCUACUCGCAAACGAUACUCAUGCCGAACCUCUAUCAGAACCCGGCACACGAUCCAAAGUGCCGCAUGAACGAGCAGCAGCUGCAAAACCACUUCGAUGCCUUCUACGAGGACAUCUGGUGUGAGAUGUGCAAAUACGGCGAGCUCGAGGAGCUUGUCGUCUGCGACAACAACAAUGACCACUUGAUCGGCAACGUGUACGCUCGCUUCAAGUACGAGGAGGAUGCGGCCAAGGCCUGCGAGGACCUCAACUCGAGGUGGUACGCUGCGCGCCCCGUCUACUGCGAGUUGAGUCCUGUAACAGAUUUUCGCGAGGCAUGCUGUCGACUGAACUCUGGCGAAGGAUGUGUGCGCGGCGGGUUCUGCAACUUUAUUCACCGCAAGAAUCCCAGUCCUGAGUUGGAGCGCGAGCUGCAACUGGCGACGAAGAAGUGGCUCAAGAUGAAGCCUCGUUCGCGCAGCCCGACGCGUUCGCCAAGCCCGGAGCCUAGGAGGAGGUAUCGCGACUGA